AUGUCAAAUUUAAAAAUAAAAGUUAUAAGUCGUAAUCCUGAAGAUUAUUUGCGUGCAACUAAAAGGGACAUACAUAAAAUACCUAGAAAUUAUGAUCCCAGUCUGCACCCACUAGAAGGACCUAGGGAAUAUGUAAGAGCCUUGAAUGCAGUUAAGCUCGAAAGGGUGUUUGCAAAACCUUUUAUUGGUAAUUUAGAUGGGCAUACAGAUGGAGUAUCAAGUCUUGCUAAACAUCCAAGUCGAUUAGCUGUUUUAGCAAGUGGAGCAUUUGAUGGUGAAAUAAGAUUAUGGGACUUAGCUAGUAGAAAGUGUACUAGACAUUUUAUUGCUCAUGAAGGUUGGGUUCGAUCAAUAUGUUAUACACCAAAUGGUCAGCACUUUACUAGUGUUGGAGAUGAUAAAACAAUUAAAACUUGGAAGACAGAAAUACAAGACCCGGAUGAUGAAGAUCCUGUCAAUACAUUGUUAAGUAUGUCAGUUGUGUCUGGUAUUUCUCAUCAUAGGUCAAAACCAAUAUUUGCAACGUGUGGUGAACAUUGCCAACUCUGGGAGAAUACAAGAAGUGAGCCUAUCAAAGUAUUCAAAUGGGGCGUUGAUAGUCUUCAUCAUGUUGCAUUUAACCAAGUAGAAACCAAUUUACUAGCGUCUUGUGCCAGCGAUAGGAGUAUAAUUUUAUAUGAUUUUCGUGAAUCUGGUCCAUUAAGAAAAGUUGUUAUGGAAUUACGGUCUAAUGCUCUUUCUUGGAACCCAAUGGAAGCAUUUAUAUUCACAGUUGCCAAUGAGGAUUACAAUCUAUACACAUUUGAUGUGCGCAAAUUGAAACAACCAAUAAAUGUUCAUAUGGACCACACUUCAGCAGUAAUAGAUGUAGACUACUCACCAACUGGUAGAGAAUUUGUAGCUGGUAGCUAUGACAAGACUGUCAGAAUUUUUGAAACUUUAAAAGGUCAUUCAAGGGAUGUAUAUCAUACUAAAAGAAUGCAGAGAUUGACUUGUGUAAAAUGGACCUUAGAUAACAAGUAUAUCUUAACUGGAUCAGAUGAAAUGAAUAUUAGGAUGUGGAAGGCUAAAGCUUCAGAAAAACUUGGUGUUCUAAAACCUAGAGAACGCACAGCACUCAAUUAUUCGGAGGCAUUGAAAGAAAAGUUCAGUGGACACCCUCAAGUUAAGAGAAUAGCACGUCAUAGACAUGUGCCAAAACAUAUAAUUAAUGCUCAAAAAGAAAUUAAGACUAUUAAAGAGAAGAACAAACGCAAGGAGGCCAAUAGGAGAACACACAGCAAACCAGAUACUGUACCAUUCAUUCCUGAACGAAAGAGGCAUGUUGUUAAGGAAGAUGAG